AUGAAGACUUUGCUCACCAACCCGGCCGGAUGGAAAAGUCUCAUCACGUUCGCCAUCCUCUUUCUGGCAUGGGUGUCUGGAUUCUCUGCCAGGCUGUUUGCCGUUAUACGGUUCGAGAGCAUCAUCCACGAAUUCGACCCGUGGUUCAAUUACCGUGCGACAGCUUACAUGGUUGAACAUGGUUUCUAUAAUUUUUUGAACUGGUUUGAUGAAAGAGCAUGGUAUCCGCUUGGCAGAAUUGUUGGUGGCACGGUCUAUCCAGGAUUGAUGGUCACGUCCGGUGCAAUACACCACGUCUUACAUGCGUUAAAUAUUCCUGUACAUAUCAGAGAUAUUUGCGUAUUUUUGGCACCCAUAUUCAGUGGUAUGACAGCAAUAUCAACAUAUUUCCUGACCAAAGAGCUUUGGUCUCCAGGUGCUGGAUUGUUUGCAUGCUGCUUCAUUGCAAUUGUACCAGGUUAUAUUAGCCGAUCAGUAGCUGGGAGCUAUGACAAUGAAGGAAUUGCUAUAUUUGCUCUACAAUUUACCUAUUAUCUUUGGGUGAAAUCUAUCAAGACUGGUUCUGUUUUUUGGUCAGUGCUUACUGCUCUUUCUUAUUUCUAUAUGGUAUCAGCUUGGGGUGGAUAUGUAUUCAUUAUUAACUUGAUUCCCCUUCAUGUUUUUUUAUUGCUGAUUAUGGGCCGUUAUUCAUAUCGUUUAUUCACAAGUUACACUGUUUUUUACAUACUUGGUUUGGUUUUGAGUAUGCAAAUUCCUUUUGUUGGUUUUCAACCAAUUAGGACUAGUGAGCACAUGGCAGCAUCUGGAGUAUUUGCUUUAGUCAUGGCUGCUGGGGCAUUUAAUUACAUUCAAACUCGCAUCACUAAAGCUGAAUUCAAAUUUAUAUUUAUAUUCGCAACACUAGUCACGUCUGGUAUUGUACUAUUGGCUGUAGUUGGUUUAACUUGGGCUGGAGUCAUUGCACCGUGGAGUGGAAGAUUCUAUUCCCUAUGGGAUACAACAUAUGCCAAGAUACAUAUUCCAAUUAUCGCAUCAGUAUCUGAGCAUCAACCAACAACAUGGUUUAGCUUUUUCUUUGAUCUCCAUAUACUUGUUUGUAUAUUUCCUGCUGGAUUAUGGUAUUGUAUUCAAGAAUAUAACGAUGAACGACUUUUUGUGGUUUUAUAUGCUCUGAGUGCUGUUUAUUUUGCUGGUGUUAUGGUCAGGUUAAUGUUAACUUUAACGCCAGCUGUAUGCAUUCUUAGUGGUAUUGCAUUUUCCAAAAUUUUUGAAAAUUAUUUAAAAGAAGAUGGUUUAGUAACUAAUAAUGGAACAAAAGCUGUUGAAGAAAAACAGCCUGCUAAGGAUAAGACUCCUUCUAAAUCAUCUCAAUCAUCAAGUUCUGGCUCUGGAAAGAGUAAAAAGAAGCCACCAACAAUUGCUUCAUUAAACAAUGAUAAUAAUAAUGGAGAAGGUGUUGGAUCAAAUAUUAGAAGUAUUGUAACUAUUUCUAUGUUACUCGUAUUAAUGAUGUUUGUUGUUCACUGUACAUGGGUCACCAGUAAUGCAUACUCUAGUCCUAGUAUUGUAUUAGCAUCAUUCAGUAAUGACGGAUCUCGUCAAAUAUUGGAUGAUUUUCGUGAAGCUUACUAUUGGCUGUCCCAAAACACUGACAAUGAUGCUCGUAUUAUGUCUUGGUGGGAUUAUGGCUAUCAAAUAGCUGGAAUGGCAAAUCGCACAACAUUAGUUGAUAAUAAUACUUGGAACAAUAGUCAUAUAGCACUUGUUGGAAAAGCGAUGUCAUCAACCGAGCCAAAAGCAUAUGAGAUUAUGACAUCACUUGAUGUUGAUUAUGUUCUUGUUAUAUUUGGAGGUGUAAUUGGAUACUCAGGUGAUGAUAUCAAUAAAUUCUUAUGGAUGGUUAGGAUUGCUGAAGGCGAACAUCCAAAAGACAUAAGGGAAUCUGAUUAUUUUACUGAACGAGGUGAAUUUAGAAUUGACAGUCAGGGCUCACCAACUAUGCUCAAUUGUCUUAUGUAUAAACUUAGUUACUAUAGAUUUGGAGACUUGAAGUUGGAUUUUAGAACACCUGCUGGGUUUGAUCGUACGCGUAACGCAGUCAUUGGUAAUCAAAAUUUUGAUCUCACCUAUUUGGAAGAAGCGUACACUACUGAACACUGGUUGGUCAGAAUAUACAGGGUAAAAAAACCAGAUGAGUUUAAUAGGCCACGUAUACCAGUUCUGGAAAGAAAAAUUCGUAAUCCUGGAGCAUCUACUUUAUCGAAAAAGUCUGCCCGCAAGAAAAAAGGCAUUAUUCAAGGCAAACCUAUUGUUGUGAAAGGUAAAAAACCUAAAACAACUAACACAUACACAAAUGAAAUAUAAUAUUACCACUCAAAAUGGGCGCCAUAUGUUGUUUACUAAAUGUAUAAUUUAUAUUUUUGUUUUUCAUUUACACAAAAUUGUUGUUUGCAAUAGAUAUGACAAAAACUUGAA